GGGGCGGGGCCACGGGCGCGUGACGGCGGAGUCAUGGCGGAGGCGGCUUUGAACGCCAUGCGGAGGGAGUUACGAGCAUUCCCGGCCGCGGCUAGGGAGCUGAGCGUGCCUCUUGCUGUGUCAUACUUGGAUGAGCCACCAACUCCACUUCACUUCUACCGGGACUGGGUCUGCCCCAACAGGCCCUGCAUCAUCCGCAAUGCCCUGCAGCACUGGCCGGCCCUCCAGAAGUGGUCCUUCCCCUACUUCAGAGCCACAGUGGGAUCCACAGAGGUCAGUGUAGCUGUGACCCCAGAUGGUUAUGCAGAUGCAGUGCGAGGGAACCGCUUUGUGAUGCCCGCUGAGUGCCGCCUGCCCCUGAGCUGUGUGCUGGAUGUGCUGGAGGGCCAAGUCCAACACCCAGGAGUCCUCUAUGUGCAGAAGCAGUGCUCCAACCUGCCCACUGAGCUGCCCCAGCUACUUCCUGAUCUGGAGCCCCAUGUGCCUUGGGCCUCCGAAGCUCUGGGAAAGAUGCCCGAUGCUGUGAACUUCUGGCUGGGGGAGGCGGCUGCAGUGACAUCUUUACACAAGGACCACUAUGAGAACCUCUACUGUGUGGUCUCAGGAGAGAAACACUUCUUGUUACAUCCGCCCAGCGACCGGCCCUUUAUCCCUUAUGAGCUGUACACACCAGCAACCUACCAGCUAACUGAAGAGGGCACCUUUAAGAUGGUGGAUGAAGAGGCCAUGGAGAAGGUGCCCUGGAUCCCACUGGACCCCUUGGCUCCAGACCUGGCCCGGUACCCCAGUUACAGUCAGGCUCAGGCCCUUCAUUGUACGGUGCAGGCUGGAGAGAUGCUCUACCUGCCGGCCCUAUGGUUCCACCACGUCCGACAAUCCCAUGGCUGCAUUGCUGUGAAUUUCUGGUACGACAUGGAGUAUGACCUCAAGUACAGUUAUUUCCAGCUGCUCGACUCCCUCACUAAAGCUUCAGGCCUUGAUUGACAGAGCACUGCUGAACACUGCCAAGGAUGACUCGAGGAGGGGGAGAUCAAGCCCCUCCCAGCGGGUCAGUUCUAAGGACAACUCAGAAUUUGAGUACAUGCUGGCUGCUGGCCUGGGGUCUGGCUUGGGUUGGGAUCAGUUUUGGAGGAUUUUGGGAUAUGGUCAGGAAGGCCAGGAGGUGAGGCAGGUGUGGGCGAUGACUCCCAGGAAGUUGCCACACAACUUCCUGUCCUCCUGCAGGAGGAGCAGGAGUCAGCUGCAGCAGCACCUCCCAUCAGCACUGUGACCUUAGGCAGAUUGCUGUCUCUCAGGGCAUUGGUGUCCUGUCUGUAAAAUGGAGAUAAUAAUAGUUCUACCUUACGGGCUGUCACAGGGUUGGAAUUGAUAUUGGUAAGGACCAGCGUGGGGCUGGCACAGAGAAAGCAUUCAAUAAAAGGUAGCUGUGA